AUGGCGGAACACAUUCCAUUUGCUGUUGCCUCUAAUCUCCGUUCACAGCAAGCUCGUGUGCGAGUUUGGAUUAGAAGGUUCAAAGAAGUACUUCAUCAUGCAGAUGACUUCUUAGAUGACCUUGCUAUCCAAUUUAGGAGGGACAAAUUGGGUGCAGCAGAAGGAAAAGAAGUAAACAAGGUACUUCUUUCCAUUUUAUCUUCAAAUCAAAUUCCUUCAUACAGUGAAAUGCCUGACAAAAUUAAAGAAAUACAAGCAAGUUUUAAUGGUGUAGUAAAAGAAAUGAAGGAUUUGAAUUUAAGUCCAAGAUCAGGAGUGGUUAAGCAAACUAAUAGUGAAUGGAGGGAAACAUGUUCUUUUGUAUUAGAAUCAGAUAUAAUUGGAAGAGAUGAUGAUAAAAAGGAGAUUAUUAGUCUUUUGAGACAAACGCCACAUGAAAGCCAAAAAGUUUCUGUGAUUGCUAUUGUUGGCAUUGGUGGUUUAGGGAAGACAGCUCUUUCUCAAUUGGUGUAUAAUGACUUAGAAGUGCAGAGUUAUUUUGAAAAGCAAAUGUGGGUGUGUGUCUCUGAUCAUUUUGAUGUGAAAACUGUUCUAAAGAAAACAUUAGAAUCAGUUAUUGGUGGCCAAAUAGAAGACAAGUUAUCAUUAGACAACUUGCAAAAAAAGCUUCGUGAAAAUUUGAGUGGUAAAAAAUAUUUUUUAGUUAUGGAUGAUGUUUGGAAUGAGAGUCAUAAAAAAUGGGCUGAAUUGAGAACUUACUUGGUGUGUGGUGCUCAAGACAGCAAGAUUUUAGUGACAACCCGAAGUGAAAAUGUAGCAAAGACAAUGACUGCCAGCACUUCCUAUCCUUUGAAAGGUUUGACCGAUGAAGAAUCUUGGAGUUUGUUGAAGAACAUUGCAUUUGAGUAUGAUUCUAAAAGAGUAAAUCAAAAUCAUGAAUCAAUGGGGAAAGAAAUAGCCAAAAAAUGUAAAGGGGUUCCAUUAGCAGUUAAAACACUGGGAGGCCUCCUGCGAGGACAAGAUAAAGAAAGUGAAUGUAAAGAUGUUUUAAGUGGUGACUUCUGGAAAUUAUGGGAAGAACAAGAUGUUACAGCACUUUUCCCAAACUGGCUUUCUCUCCUCACAAAUGUUGUGGACAUGUUUCUCUUUGGAGAGUCUCGUGUUAGAGAAUUGUCGGAAGCUUAG